GCCUGCGCGGUGGGCGUGAUCCGGGCACUUAGGGCAGGAUGAACGCUGCUUUCCAAGAUGGCGACGGAGGGAGGAGGGAAGGAGAUGAACGAGAUUAAGACCCAAUUCACCACCCGGGAAGGUCUGUACAAGCAGCUGCAGCAUUCGGAGUACAGCCGGCCCAACCGGGUGCCCUUCAACUCACAGGGAUCCAACCCUGUCCGCGUCUCCUUCGUAAACCUCAACGACCAGUCUGGCAACGGCGACCGCCUCUGCUUCAAUGUGGGCCGGGAGCUCUACUUCUAUAUCUACAAGGGGGUCCGCAAGGCUGCUGACUUGAGUAAACCAAUAGAUAAAAGGAUAUACAAAGGAACACAGCCUACUUGUCAUGACUUCAACCACCUAACAGCCACAGCAGAGAGUGUCUCUCUCCUAGUGGGCUUUUCUGCAGGCCAAGUCCAGCUUAUAGACCCAAUCAAAAAAGAAACUAGCAAACUAUUUAAUGAGGAAAGCUCUUGUCAGCACUUGUGGAAGGUGGAUUGGAAUGAAGGAAGAGAGAGUGAAGGUAGCAAGAAGAGUGAGGAGGCCCUGGUAACUGUCCAGAGACUAAUAGACAAGGCACGCGUAACCUGUGUCAAAUGGGUGCCCGGCUCGGAAAGCCUUUUCCUAGUAGCCCAUUCGAGUGGGAACAUGUACUUGUAUAAUGUGGAGCACACUUGUGGCACCACAGCCCCCCACUACCAGCUCCUGAAGCAGGGAGAGAGCUUUGCCGUGCACACUUGCAAGAGCAAAUCCACGAGGAACCCUCUCCUUAAGUGGACGGUGGGCGAGGGGGCCCUCAACGAGUUUGCUUUCUCCCCAGAUGGCAAGUUCUUGGCGUGCGUGAGCCAGGACGGGUUUCUGCGGGUGUUCAACUUCGACUCCGUGGAGCUCCAUGGUACGAUGAAAAGCUACUUUGGGGGCUUGCUGUGUGUGUGCUGGAGCCCGGACGGCAAGUACAUUGUGACGGGCGGGGAGGACGACUUGGUGACAGUCUGGUCUUUCGUGGACUGCCGAGUGAUAGCGAGAGGCCACGGGCACAAGUCCUGGGUCAGCGUUGUGGCGUUCGAUCCCUACACCACUAGCGUAGAAGAGAGCGACCCCAUGGAGUUUAGCGGCAGUGACGAGGACUUCCAGGACCUUCUUCAUUUUGGCAGAGAUCGAGCCAAUAGCACGCAGUCGCGGCUGUCCAAGCGGAACUCUACUGACAGCCGCCCCGUCAGUGUCACCUAUCGGUUUGGCUCGGUGGGCCAGGACACACAGCUGUGCUUGUGGGACCUUACGGAAGACAUCCUUUUCCCCCACCAGCCACUCUCGAGAGCAAGGACACACACCAACGUCAUGAAUGCCACAAGUCCCCCUGCCGGGAGCAACGGGAACAGCGUCACAACGCCCGGGAACUCUGUGCCCCCACCGCUGCCGCGGUCCAACAGCCUCCCUCAUGCGGCUGUCUCGAACGCUGGCAGCAAAAGCAGUGUCAUGGACGGGGCCAUCGCAUCCGGGGUCAGCAAGUUCGCCACCCUCUCGCUGCACGACCGGAAGGAGAGGCACCACGAGAAAGACCACAAGCGGAACCACAGCAUGGGGCACAUUUCCAGCAAGAGCAGUGACAAACUGAACCUCGUUACCAAAACCAAAACAGACUCGGCCAAAACUCUAGGGACGCCCCUGUGUCCCCGGAUGGAAGACGUUCCCUUGUUAGAGCCGCUGAUCUGUAAAAAGGUAGCACACGGAAGACUGACCGUGUUAAUUUUUCUUGAAGACUGUAUAGUCACUGCUUGUCAGGAGGGAUUUAUUUGCACAUGGGGAAGGCCUGGUAAAGUGGUAAGUUUUAACCCUUAAUGCUGCACCAGAUCUAGAACUUGAAUAGGUAGUGAUUUCUUUUCUUGCGGGAGGGGCGGGGUGUACAAUGAAUGUGAAUGACACUUCUUACUCUUAAUGUAAAUCUAAAUGCAUCAGAGCCAUAAUUUUGGAUACUGCAUGCCAUGUAAUUCCGAGUCAUUUGAUAAUUCACCUUAGAGCAUUUAAAACUAUAUAAUCAAACUAAUUGCCAGCCGAGUCCGUCACCCUCCAGGGAGCCCGUAGAGCCCUGGGUAGCGAUCCUGCAGUUUAGGGAAUCAUGACCAUGGGGAGCAAUGACUUCAAACGCUGAACUUAAAUUGAUGCUUUAACUGGAAUAUUUUUCUUAACCACUCAACUAGAAUAUUGUACACCAGAUCAGAGAGUGUGUUCAGUACAGAUGGCCAUUAAUUGUCAUUUAUAGUCCAAUUUUGUAUCUUAAUCAUAAAAUGUUUAGGAAUCUAUGAAAUUUAACUUUAGGAACAAAGCGUCGGGCAGGGUUGAUGAUAUUAUUUUUACAUUGUUCUGGCAAUCCACAGAAAGAGAAGAGCCUUAAUUUUUAAAACCCAUUUUAGUCAUUUUAUGACAAUUAAAAUUGUUUAAUAAACAUCUUUUUC